GAGACAGGAGGAGUCAUGGUGCACCCCAACCAGGAGCCAGCGGUGAUCGCGGGGCAAGGCACUAUCGCCCUGGAGGUGCUGGAGCAGGCCCCCGAGGUAAAUGCAGUGGUGGCUCCUGUGGGAGGCGGAGGAAUGAUUGCAGGAAUAGCCAUUGCCAUCAAGGCUUUGAGGCCAGAUGUGAAAGUGUUCGCUGCUGAGCCACGCAACGCAGAUGACUGUUACCAGUCCAAGGUAAGAGGGGAACUGACCCCCAACCCUCACCCACCGGACACCAUCGCGGAUGCCGUGAAAACCAGCAUCGGCCCAAACACGUGGCCCAUCAUCAGGGAUUUGGUUGAUGACGUCCUGACAGUCUCAGAGGAAGAAAUCAAGCGAGCCACACGGCUGGUGUGGGAGAGGAUGAAGCUGCUGAUUGAGCCAACAGCGGGUGUGGGAGUGGCAGCUGUGCUCUCAGAGCAGUUCCAGGCAGUCCCCCGGGACGUGGAGAACGUUUGCAUCGUGCUGUGCGGGGGAAACGUGGACCUGAACUCCCUGACCUGGCUCACAGACCUCCCUGGGAAAGCUGAAUGAGAACAGAGUGGUGUCUCAAGCAGCAGAAACCUCACUCUGAAUUUGUAGGGUCUGGUUUGCACGUUACUAAAAACAGAU